AUUCGCCCAACCUUGCCUUGGCGGCAUCUUUGAUCGGCGGUCUCUUAUGGGGGGUCAGGUCGUCGAAAACUCGUGGACAUGGUCUAGUUGACUCCAGAGGCCACGACAUUUCGCGGUAUCCAAAUCCCGCGUGCUCGCGAAGGAGAGUUGCUGACACAUUUUUGUGAGAAGGGUCCGCGUGGACCCCGAAACCCGCCGCCCAGUGCCGGGGCUUGAAAGAGCUACUGCCUUUGGAAUCCCGCGUGUGCAUGCAUGGUCGUGCGGGAUUUGGAUUCGCUGCCCCGCCCUGUUUAAACUCGCGAUAUCGCCCGCUGUUUGAGCAAUCACCGCCGACGAGAGACCAUAGUUGGAAACCCCGACACGGCCACCUGACAGCAAAGCCUGACAAUAAAGCUCCGGUGAGCCAAUCCUGGCCACGGCAGAGUAGUUCUCAACACUCGCUGCAGUCUUCUUGCCCAUUCUCAGCACAAUGGCGGACGAAUCGAGACCACCAGUGCCCCCCUUCACUAUCGAAACUGCCAAGGUCAAGGUCAAGGCAGCGCAGGAUGCGUGGAACACCAGGAACCCGCAGCUUGUCAAGAUGGCGUACACGCCCGAUUCCAUCUGGCGGAACCGGGGCACGUUUCUCAGGGGCAGGGACGAGAUAGACGCCUUCCUCACAGACAAGUGGGCCGCCGAGGACGGCUAUCGACUACGCAAGGAGCUGUUUGCCUUUACCGACAACAAGAUCGCCGUCCAGUUCUGGUACGAGUGGCACGACAAGGAGGGCCAGUGGUGGAGGACGUACGGGCUGGAGGACUGGACCUUUGCCGACAGCGGCCUGAUGCGCAAGCGGCAGAUGAGCGGCAACGAUGUCAAGAUUGCCGACGAGGAGCGUUGGUUCAAGGACGGCGUCGACGUGAACACGGUCGAUAUCAGCGAGAAGCACUGGUAAGGGCCGCCGCGGGGCGGAAAGGCUGAGUUCCGGGGAAGUGCGAGCUUAGUGGUCAGUCCGUCGGUCGACAACGCAGGGGCGGGCACCCCGUCCUCGCCUUUGCCAGGACAGCCUGUUUCUGGGAAGACUGGCACUACCAUGGUCCAGGCAAAGAAGGUGUGCUUGGCGGUGCCCGCAUCACAGAGUACCCCUGACGCUAGCGAGAGCGUUCAAAGAAGCAAUUCAAACAGCCCAUCUGUGUGCCAGGCACCAGUCCCUGGGAUUGGGUCAGGCGGACGCUGUGGUGGUGAAGGUGCGUGGUCUUGAGAGCCGGGCGCUGGCGGGCUGCGGUCCUUUCAUCUCCUCGGCUGGGUCGCCGGCGCUCGAACAAGCCCGCCGGCUUGUGUGGGCGCAAAGCCGUCAUUCCUGUCAUAUCCAGAGCGAGCAAGGCGACGGGUGUCUGCGAUUGGAGGUGCUCUGUGUCUGCCGUAGCACGCAUCUUGGUCGCUUUGGCUUAGGUUGUUCUAUUGGCUUGUCGACAGAAUACGGCCAAUGAAAAAUUCUCCGUGGCACGGUGCUGGGUUUUUGCGCUAGGGGCUAGGGGUGCUUGUGCGCCCGCCUAGCGCAUGUGCAGGCCUGUGGUCAGGGCGUUUCCGCAUCUGAGGGACAUGGAAUUUGGGUCCCAAUUGCCAGCGCACGGGAAUGGCAUUUGCUUUUCACCAUUUCAGCCAACCCCAUGCAUCUCAGCCCUCCAGCUUUUCUCCCCCUCCCUCACCAUGGACGCGCUAGACAAUCUCGCUGGGACCUGCAGUGUCCUGUCUCACAGGUGGAAGCCCAAGAUCGGAAGCUCGUCUUGGUGUUCCAGAUCGGAAGCCGGCAAAUAAGGGUGGCAGGUAGUGCAUCGGCAACGAACACAUCGGAACCGGCACUCUGGUCGAUCUACCCUCUGAGCUAC